AUGACCAAAGGGGAUACUGAUACUGAGAGGCCUAAAGAGAUUAAGCAUCCCAAGCCUUCUGAUGAGGCUGAAGCAGAGUCAGAAGAACCUCGUGCUGAGGCUGAAGCAGAGGCAAAGACAGGCAAAUUCUCCAAGAGGCCUACAGAAAAUGAGACAGAUUCAAAGGGACUUCCAGAGAGAAAGACAGUGGAUGAGGCAUUGCCUCCCGAAAAGAAGCAAGGGGAUAAAAAGAAGGACCAUGCUGAGAAAGACUCAGAGGUGCAGCCCAAGAAAAAGGCUGGGGAUGAGAAGGACUCAGCAGUUCAUGAUAAGAAAAAGCCCGGGGAUGAGAAAAAGCUCCGUACUGAGAAGGACUCAGCGGUGCAUGAUACGAAAAAGCCCGGGGAUGAGAAAAAGCUCCGUACUGAGAAGGACUCAGCGGAGCAUGAUAAGAAAAAGAAUGGGGAAGAGAAAAAGCUCCAUACUGAGAAGGACUCAGCGGAGCAUGAUAAGAAAAAGAAUGGGGAAGAGAAAAAGCUCCAUACUGAGAAGGACUCAGCGGUGCAUGAUAAGAAAAAGCCCGGGGAUGAGAAAAAGCUCCGUACUGAGAAGGACUCAGCGGAGCCUGAUAAGAAAAAGACCGGGGAUGAGAAAAAGCUCCGUACUGAGAAGGACUCAGCGGAGCCUGAUAAGAAAAAGACCGGGGAUGAGAAAAAGCUCCGUAUUGAGAAGGACUCAGCGGAGCCUGAUAAGAAAAAGACCGGGGAUAAGAAAAAGCUCCGUACUGAGAAGGACUCAGUGGAGCCUGAUAAGAAAAAGACCGGGGAUGAGAAAAAGCUCCGUACUGAGAAGGACUCAGCGGAGCAUGAUAAGAAAAAGACCGGGGAUGAGAAAAAGCUCCGUACUGAGAAGGACUCAGCGGUGCAUGAUAAGAAAAAGACCAGGGAUGAGAAAAAGCUCCGUACUGAGAAGGACUCAGCGGAGCAUGAUAAGAAAAAGCCCGGGGAUGAGAAAAAGCUCCGUACUGAGAAGGACUCAGCGGAGCAUGAUAAGAAAAAGACCGGGGAUGAGAAAAAGCUCCGUACUGAGAAGGACUCAGCGGAGCAUGAUAAGAAAAAGCCCGGGGAUGAGAAAAAGCUCCGUACUGAGAAGGACUCAGCGGUGCAUGAUAAGAAAAAGACCGGAGAUGAGAAAAAGCUCCGUACUGAGAAAGACUCAGCGGUGCAUGAUAAGAAAAAGACUGGGGAUGAGCACCAUACAGAGAGAAAGACUGCAGAUCAUAAGAAGGACCGAAAAGCAAAGAAGGUGGAGACUUCCAAAGUGAAGGGAAAGAAGAAGAUAAGCAAACGUCCAGCUAAGUCUAAGCCAACUAAAAAGGAAAGUGACACAAAGAAGGCAACACCUUCAGCUAAGACUACGGCCCCUAAGAGGUAAGUAAUGUUAAGCUUCUUGCUUCAUCUUCAUUACCCGAGCCUCAAGCUGAGACUUUCACAUUCGUAUUUGUGGAAGCUUAAUGGGUGAUUAAAGGAGGGUAGGCUGAGAGUAGGUUCCAUGUAUGUUCCACAAACAUUUGAAAUGAUUAAACUCUGCCUUAUUUUGUGCAG